GCUCCUGGUGUGAAGCUCUUGUGUACUAUAUGUUUUUCUUUCUCUGCCCGGAGCUGUACUACAGGCGGAAGUUACAGACGCUUGUGUUAGUGAAAACCUGAGGUGAGAAAGUGAAAAGCAGCGUAAAUGAUAAAAAACAGGCUUUUGUGACGAUUUUAACAACAGCGCAUCAUAUAUGUGGACGCAGUUGCUUAAUUUUCCCUUCUUGCAUUGGCAGACUGCUGGUUUUCGUCGGUAAAGGCAGACUGGCAUAUGUAUUGAGUUUGAUGUCUGAUUAGAUGGUCAGAUAGUGAAGCUCUCACACUAACUACACGCGCGCUCUAAUUGGAACGUUCAGAUAUUUUGUUACAUUGAUACAUUGUAGCCAGAAGUCGCGUUUCCGACUCUUGUUUAUACGCUGUAGCUGGAGAACAGAAACAUUCACUUUAUUCAGCGAUGACUCGAUGGGGUUUAACAUAACUGCUAAAUCACGUAUGUGACUUCCACAACAACCAAGCUAGUUGAGCUUUUUAUCUCGGCGUUUUGCACUGGAUCUACGUUGGAAGUGACCGACAUGGCAGACAGCGGUCGGGUGAAGCACGACAGCCCGAGCUCGAGCCCCGGACCCGGGAGGAAAAAGGCGCAGCAGUCGCCCGGUUCAAAGGCGCGGUACUCCGUUAACGCUCCUGGACACUGCUUUCGGAAAGUGACCCUGACCAAACCGACCUUCUGUCAUCACUGCAGCGACUUCAUAUGGGGGAUUGUCGGGUUUGUUUGUGAAGUGUGUAACUUCAUGUCACAUGAGAAGUGUUUGAAGCACGUCAGGACCGUGUGUUCCUGUAUGGCUCCCACACAAGUUCAGGUUCCUGUAGCGCACUGCUUUGGUCCCGCCGGUCAGAAGAAGAGGUUCUGCUGUGUUUGUCGGAAACAUCUGGAAGGCAGUUCAGCUCUGCGCUGUGAAGUGUGUGAGCUGCAUGUGCACAGCGACUGUGCCCCAUUCAGCGUUAGCGACUGUCGUUUCUGCCACCAAGAUGGAGGGCAAGACAUUGACACGUACCAGCACCACUGGCGGGAGGGGAACAUGUCCUCAGGUGCCCGCUGUGAGGUCUGUCGUCGCACCUGCAGUUCUUCCGAUGUCCUGGCUGGCAUGAGAUGUGAAUGGUGUGGCAUUACGGUAAGUGUGUGAGUUGUUGUUGUUAUUAUUAUUAUUAUUAUUUUUUUUUUAAAGUCCACCCAGCCCACACUAGUCUUAUCAUUCAGCGCUUUCAGUUUGCCUGCUGUCAACUGGAUUCAUCACACAAACGGCUUCAUUAUUUAGUUAUAGAUGGGCUCUCAGGCUGUCGUGUCUCACAAUGAGUCAAUUUAUUAUUUAACAGGUGCAAUGUAGGAUGCAGCUCCUGUCAGCAUUUACAAAAAUGUACUCUGCUGAAGCUGAAUACAGGCAAGCUUGCUGUGUUUUUGUAUUCCUUUGUCAUCUUGGCAGUGGAAAUUUCUUUUAUUGCCUGACCUGGUUUCUUUGUUUCAAUGUACUGUAGGUAGUUACAUUAUGUAAUGUAGCUACAUUAAUAUCAACUUCAAACCAUGACUAUAGCCUAAAAUGGGGAAAAAAAUAUUCCAAGGC